GUCCUUGUCACUGGAGCUACAGGCUAUCUUGGUGCUGCUAUUGCUGAUCAAUUCAUCCACGAUGGCUAUAUCGUUGUUGGCUCUGCUAGAACACUUUCCAAAGCUGAGAAUCUUAAAAAUUAUUUCGACGAAAAGUACGGAUCAGGCAAAUUUGAAGUUUAUGCCUCAGGCGAUCUCGCGAAAGAAGGCGCCUUUGACGAUGCGGUUAAAGAUGUUGAAAUUAUUGCACACGUUGCUUCUCCCGUUGGCGUCGAAUCCGAAGAUCCCAUGAAAGACGUUGUCAAUGUGGCCAUCAAAGGAACGACAAGUAUACUGAACUCUGCUCUUCAGUAUGGAAAGAACGUCAAGUCUGUACUGGUGGUAUCAAGCUUAGCUAGUUUACUCGACUCCUCCGUCCCAGAGAAAUAUGUGUACACUGAGAAGGAUUGGAAUGAUGAAGCCAUCAAAUCCAUGAUCGACCGGAAGGCGAAGGGCGAAAGCAUCCCUGUGUUUUUGGCCUACAUGGCAAGCAAAAACGAAGCCGAACGUGCUGUCUGGAAGUUCAAGGAGGACAACAAGCUCCCAUUCACGAUUUCAACCAUUUUACCAUCUUGGAUCUACGGUGCCAUCGUACCCACUCCUCGGUCGGUAGAUGAUGUCAAUGCUGCCAGUACUGCCGCUUACAUUGUCCAAUUCUACAGUGGCGAAAACCAAAAUUACAAUCAAAGUUUUCCACCUGUUGGCUUCGUAAACGUCGCUGAUGUUGCGCGUGCAAGUGUUAUGAUCGUGGAGAAGAAUAAUAUUACAGACGGACAGCGCUACAUAUUGAACGCCGGCACUUAUUCUUUCCAAGAAAUAGUAGAUAUCUUGCGCAAGAACUUCCCUGAACGACAGGAUAUCAUUGUCGAAGGUGAGCCUGGAAACUACGAAAACGCCAAUCAGCCUAAGCAGUAUGAUGGUAGCAAAAUCACUCGCGACCUUGGUGUCAAGUACACGGAUCUCGAGACGACGGUACUGGAUGCCAUAAAUAGCGUUAAGCAUAUC